UAAGUAAUAUACGAAGCUGACGAAACUAAAGUUACAGUAGAAGUAGACACUGUACUCGAAACACACAAAGUAUAGUGUAUAUACAGAGAAUCCCGAAACAACCUGAUAACGUUUACAGUAUUGUUGUCGUUGCUUUAUUUUUAUUAUUGUUAUUGUUUUUUUUUGCAUAAUUCAUUACACGCAGAUGCGGAUACAAUAAGAAAUAAGCGUAGGUAACUACCUACGUACAAUUAUCGUGUCAGAUCAAGAGAGAAACUAAAUAAACACAAUUAGCCCUCUGACAAUGGAGGAAGAUUACUUUAAGAAUCUUAGGACGGUCGGUACAACGUUAGACGAGGGUAUCGCCAAUUUACAGGAAGUUUGGAAAAUGCCGAACCUCCUGCUCUGCAAGAGCAACGAAGAGGAUCAAGUGGCAGCCCAUAAGCUCGUUGACAAUCUGAGAAGCGAGCUGAGACAAUUUAAGGAACUGAUAGCAGAAAAUAAGGUUGAGAUAUCAACUCUGAGGGAAACACAUACCCAAUUCCUCGAAGAAUCGACUAUAGCCAUAAAGAACCUAAAGGACGAGGUUGACGAAAUUAAAGUGUUGUUUUUGGAAAACGGAUAUGUAGAAGAAGACUGUCCAGAACCAGAUCUCUCGGUUUUAACCCAUCAGUUGGAAUCGUUGUCCUUCAAUAACAGUAACCCCUCCUUUGUGAAAGACUGCAACGGUGCUGUAGAUUCACCAAUGUGCGAAGGUGCCUCGAAUUGUGAUUCACCUAUGUCCAUGAGAGAAUCAGUGGCACAGCCAGCAACGCCGAACAACGACCCUUAUGGGGGCGUGAGCAAAAGAUCGGUUAUGGACGAGAGGCUUAUGGACUCCCCUUUGUACUCGCCGUAUUACUAUAAGAUAACGAAAAAGUAAAAACACUAAUCUCAUUUGUUAAGACUCAUGUAUAAUAUUCAUUAAUUAAUUUCAC